AUGGGUGCGCUCUUCGAAGCAGCCAUGAAUCAGCAGCAGCAACAGACCCAAAAGACUGCAGCGGAGCCCAAAGUGACGCCCGAGGAGCAGCAGAAGUUCCUGUCCGCCAUGAAGGACCCAGAGUUCCGAUCGCUGCUGAACGACUACAUGGAGGAGAUCUCGGACCCGCGCAACCGCGCCGAGACGGAGCAGUACCUGGCGCAGCUCGAGAACGAGCAGAAGGUGCCGGCGGACAAGCAGCUCGUCAAGCCCAAGCCCGGAUUCGUGGUCAAGACCAAGUGGGACGCCGCGCAAAAGUUGUUCGUCAAUGUCUGCAGCAGCGACAAGAUGCAGCCGCCCUCCAGCACCAGGGUCACCUCUGGCCAGCAGGGCACGUCGUGGAACCUGCCCUACUCGCUGGGGCUGGAGAGGCUCGAGCCCGACAAAGGGGGCUCCGGCGUCCCGACCUUUGACGUGUGCUUCCACCCGCGAGUCAUUGAGUUUGCAAUGGCUCGAGCGGAUUACAGGCACAUGGUGAUCAGUACGUGUCUGGAUGCGGUCGAGCCGAUAUUGAGGGACUCGAGGCGCAAACAGAAGGCGGUGCUGGCCAGGAACUACCACAUCCUCAAGGGCGUGUUCUACAAGUCCGGCGACCCCGUCACAAUGUGCUUGCGGAAGGAGCGUGACGUACUGGGGCCAACCAAGGCAAAAACGACAAAGAAGAUCACGGCGCUGGGGGAUAAGGAGAAUGCCCCACCAGCUCAAACGAUCACUCAGGUAGGUGGUAAAGCUGAUGAUUCAGUGCUAAAUCAAUUGACGCACGUGAAGGACAAGGAGAAGAACACCGCGCUGAUGAAGGAGGUAUCGAGCGUGAAGCUGGAACCAAAGCAGAAGCUUGACAGCCAUAAGCAAAAGAAGAAGAUGGAGCACCAGCUCAUUUACCGCGGGAACUUCGAGCUCCUCCACCACAUGCAAGCGGAUCCAGGGAACAAGGUCCCUGAGGAUCGCUACCGCCCGAAAGAACUCGUCGUUGAGGUGAGCUUCCCGCUGUCGACUAGUGCGAAGGGAUUAGAUCUGGACGUGAGCGAGCGGAUGCUGCGGCUGUCGGCCGGCCCAAGUGUUCCAGGCAAUUAUGAACCUCUGGAGCUGGCUCUACCAUUCCCAGUGAUCGAGGAGAAGGGCAGUGCCAAGUUCGACCGCAAGAAUCACAAGCUUGUGGUCACUUUACCGGUGCAGCCCCCACCCAAGCCGAAACCGCAGUCUGUCUCGCUGAUUGUUCAGGAUGAAGACGAAGAAGAAGAAGAUGAAGAGGUGGGAGAUAAUGUGGUUGAAGCUGAACCAAACAAGUCGACAAGUCCGAAGGCCAGCGCACCUAAGCAGCAGAAGAUGAAGGAGGAGGAGGGGGAAGACGAGUUUCGAAUGCUUCGAGAGACGGCGCUGAUGGUGGCCAACGACCCGCAGGUGCUUGCACACGCUCAGCCUCAGGCUCAGGCUCAGGCUCAGGCUCAAUACUCGGUGCCAGUCUCGCGAUUAUCUCCUCCCGUAGUGACUGAGCCAGCAGCUAUCAAGGACGACAUUUACGAUGACUUGCCACCGCUUGAAAGCUGUAGCGAUGAAGAAGACGAUGUCGGCACGAGUGAAAAUGUUGCAGAUACGGAAAAGACACCAGAGACGUUGCCAACAGCAACUGAUCCAGCAGCGGAGACCAGCAAAGUCGAAGAUAUUAUCAAGCCACCGUUCGAGACGCACGACACAGAAGCGUGCUUAUCGUACAUUGUCAACGUGUCAGACAUUGACUUGGCCAGUGUGAAACUCACAUUCCCGUCACCGUCUUCGUUGAAUCUCCGGUUCUCGGACAAGAAACAACGCGAGUACGAGAUGCAGGUUGCAGUGCUUCCAGUUGACAUUGAACCAUCUACGGCAGAGUUCAACGUGGCCAGCGAGAACAUGGUGAUCAUCCUGGAGAAGAAGACAACCCCGGCUUCGCAGACGAAGACGGCAGAGCAGCCCAAUAUCGAAUCUCCAGCGCCUCCUCUCGCUGCUGCCCGAUUCCAGAACCAGCUUCUCUACGAGCUGGACUAG